AUGAGGCUUAGCCAUCAUAGCCACAGUUCAAAUCCCCACCGCCAGCGACAGCUUUUUUGGGGUCGGGUCGUUAUGCGUAAAUGGCUUAAUCUCCCCACCCGAGAGUCCGAUUACAGCGCCGAUACCGAGUCCGAUACCGGUUCCGAUCUCUCCGACGAUGAAUUUUUUGAGAGACCCAGAAGGGAAUCAAGGUUUAAGGAUGAUCGAGGUGCAGGGAUUACCAAUGAGGUUAAUGAACCCGCUCCCCAGCUGAGAAGACGCAAGUCAGAGACUUUUAGAGCACAAUACAUAAAUAAAAAGGAAAUCAAAAUAUGUGCUGGCACAUGGAAUGUUGCGGGAAGAAUGCCGCCUGAUGACCUAGAUCUAGAUGGUUGGCUUGAUAUUAAUGACCCUGCUGAUAUAUAUGUGGUUGGCUUUCAGGAGAUUAUACCACUGAAUGCUGGGAAUAUUUUUGGUGCUGAAGAUGUCCGUCCUGUUUCAAAAUGGGAAAAUAUAAUCCGUGAAGCUCUUAAUAAAAUCCGCCCCGAUACUAAGUUCAAAUGCUUCAGUGAUCCUCCUUCUCCUUCAAAGUUUAAACCAUCUGAAGACGCCCCAGAUUUAGGAGAUGAGAUCAUACUUGGAUCCGACAGUGAGGGUGAAGAGGAAAUAUAUCCACUGAAUGAAGAAUCCUGUGGUUUCAAUGAAGUAAUGGUUGAACCAGUCAUUGGAGAAAAUGAGGUUCUGAAGGUGGAUGUUUCCGGCCACAAUAACAAAUUGGUGUUGUCCACUGAACAAGACUUGCAAAGGCAGUUUUCUUCCCCAAAGAGGUUGGAUCGAUUGCAAUGCUUGAGAACAGAAGAUUAUGCAGAAACUGCUGAAGAUUCAACUCUGAUGCAAAAGCCAAGAUUAACCAAAACUCUGAGUGGAACUGAAAAGAUUGGUUUUUGCUGGCCAGAACCACCAUUACAUCUUCUCUCUCAGCAUGUUUUAGAAAGACCUAAUUCAUUUAAAUCUAUCCAAUCGUUUAAGGGGGCCAAAUCUUUCAAACAUUAUAGUUCUUUUAAGUACAGCAUGAGUGGUGAAAAUCGACAACAAUCAGACAUAUCUUUGCUUGCAGACCUUGACCUUGAAUCCCUGAUAAAGCGUAAAAGAAGGCCCCAAUAUGUGAGGAUAGUGAGCAAGCAAAUGGUUGGUAUUUUCGUAAGUAUAUGGGUGCGUAGAAAUUUGAGGAAGCAUAUACAAAACUUAAACGUGUCCACUGUUGGUGUGGGUGCUAUGGGAUACAUUGGUAACAAGGGAUCAGUAGCAGUUAGUAUGUCUAUAUAUCAGACACUCUUUUGUUUCAUUUGCUCUCACCUGACCUCAGGUGAGAGAGAGGUUGAUGUAAUCAAAAGAAAUGCUGAUGUCCAAGAAAUACAUCGGAGGACACACUUUAAUUCACUUUCAGUUAUGGGACUUCCCAGAACCAUCUACGAUCAUGAGAGGGUCAUUUGGCUUGGUGAUCUUAAUUAUCGUAUCAACUUGCCCUAUGAGAAAACGAAAGAGCUUAUCUCCAAGAAGGACUGGUCCAAAUUGAGAGAGAGUGAUCAGCUUAUCAGAGAACUGAGGAAAGGCCGUGCAUUUGAUGGAUGGUCAGAAGGUAUACUGAAUUUUGCACCAACUUAUAAAUAUGAGAUGAAUGCAGAUAAAUAUGUUGGAGAUGAUCCGAAAGUCAGAAGGACCCCUGCUUGGUGUGAUCGAGUACUCUCUUAUGGGAAAGGAAUGAGGUUAACAAGCUACAGAAGGAGUGAACUCAAGUUUUCAGACCACAAACCAGUGACUGCUUCUUAUAUGGUUGAAGUUGAGGUAUUUUCUCAAAAGAAAUUGCAACGCGCCCUAACGUUUACGGAUGCUGAAAUUGAAGAAGAGCCAAUAAUCACAGAAACAAGUAUUGAUAGUGGCAUGAGCCGGUUAAGAUUUGGAGAGGAUGUCUCCUAUUGGGAGAGAUAA